GCUUCUUGUUACUACUAGUAAGGCACUUGUUACUAGUAGCGAUGCACUUGUUCCUAGUAGCGCCCUUGCUCUUAGUAGUGAUGGGAAUGUGUGGGUUUUGUUGUUAGAAAAGGUGACCUGGAGAGACAAGAAUGUUCUUGUUGAUGUUGUUAGAAAAAGAACGUUCUUGCGAGGCAAUGAUCAAGACGAUGACCUGGAUGACGACCCCGAAGAGUUCAAGAGCAUCUACGAUGAGGAGCCGCCACCACCUGGUGCACGGGACAAGUUUGGCGGCCCUGCUAUGAUGCGCCUUCUGCAGAAGGAAGCACAAGGGCCCACGAGUUUAUGGUAUCACUGUGUCCAAAUCUUCGAAGGCGGAAGCGCAUGAUCGAUUUUCUGUGAGCGCAGAAGACGAAAAUGGAGACUUGCAUUUAACAUGCUAGUGAAUGAGCCAUAGCAUUCCUGAUAAAGAGAACUUGCUUAUCAUCCUUUUCCUCUCCAAUGGUGGCUUAAGCGUCCUGAACCUCAGCCUUCACGCUUUGUGGGGGGUUCAGCUGGGUUCGGGGUUCAUGGCGGUCGUGGAUGAUGCGGCCGUUCCGGUCUUGACGGUGGAAACCAAGAUCCUUCUUCAAAAGCUGAAGAUUUGGGAUAAAAUCUCAUCUGGGAAUCUUCACUCGAUUGCCCUGUCAGAUGUGCAAUCAUUGUUCGACAUACUUGAUCCCAGUGAGAAGGGCUACAUUACCAGAAGUGAAUGCUUCUCCCUGCUCCAGAUUCAGAAUGUCAAGAUCUCACGGUCCUAUUUGAAAGAUCUGUGUGAGGACGCAGACAAAGACAACAGUGGAACCAUUUCAGCUGAAGAAUUCCUCAAGGCUUUGACAACUGGAAAAGUUGCCUUCAACUACUUGAAGGAAUCCUUGAACAAAGGAGCAAAGGAGAUGAAACAGAAUGAGUGCGAUCGUUCAGACUUGAUCGAAUGGCUUCAUGAAGAAUAUGAGACAACAAGCGCUCUCUACUCGAUGCCGUCGGUGUUGAUUCUUUUGGCGUCCUAUUUUUACUUUGCAAUCUCCCACAUUGAUGUCGCAAAUUCAUGGAGAAUGCGAAAUACACUCUACCACAACCUGGACAGUUUGUGGAAGCCUGCCAUUAGAGGUGAAAGGUAUGGUUCGAAGGCACACAUGGAAUGGACCAACAGCACGUGGCUUCGAAAGUAUUAUCGACAAAACUUGGCCACAGAUCCUGUACCAGGGCGAGUGGCGAUUCAAAAUCAGAUGAUUGGAGGGUCCCGGCUACACAAAGAGCUCUACAACCAAACAGGACCCUGCAUGGUCAGUCCGGAGCAGGCAUCUCUCUACAAUUCUUAUACUGGCGAAUGUGAUCGAUAUGGAGGCUUGACAGAGGUUGACAUUGUCCUUCCCUACCACUUGCUUUUGAGUAUCCAUGAGAACACCAUUGAUAAUCUCACCAGAUCGUACUACUUCGACAAUCGUGUCUCACUGGUGGAGUACCAAACGAUCCUUUACAAUGGGCACAACAACAUGCUUACCUUUGAGCGGUUGCAGUGGGACUCUCAGACAAGUGGCUAUUUGCAACUCUGGUUCAAUCAUGAGUCGUGGAUGGCAGAGCCUUAUCGCGAUUGGUUCAACGUCAUCCCGGAUAUUCUCUUUGUGCUGAUUCUUCUGCGCAUGGCCCACCAGGAGGCCAAAGAGCUCUUGCCAGCCAUUGCGGGAGGUCUUGACGGUAUCAAGGAUUACUUUAAGUUUUGGAACAUUGUUGAUUGGACUGCGAUCCUGAUGGGAUUCAUCAAUGUUGCCCUGUGGCUGUACUUGUUCCUAAAGAUUUCCAUAGAGCUUCCGCAAGUGAUAUCUCUGGUUCCUCAAGCAGAGUUGGAUGCGCGGGUGCUGCAAAACCAGACCUAUUUGACAUUUGACACCUUGGCCGAGAUCAUCGACCCAUUUCUUCUGAACACGCGCAUCAACGAUGUUUUCAUAGUUGCAAGGGAGAUCUACGACUUCCACAUGCUCCUCCGAGCGUUCUUUUUUGGAUACUUUUUUAUACUCAUGCUGAAGUUCUUCAAAUCGUUUCAAGCUAACCCUCGGCUUGAUAUUGUGGUGCAGACGAUCAAUCACUGUGCAGUGAAUGUGGCACACUUCGCUAUCGUGUUUCUGGCUAUUUUCCUCUGCUAUGCUUUUGCUGGGCAUUUCCUUCUAGGACACAAGCACAAAGGCUGGAGCUCCAUGUUGGGAUCCCUCUUCAUGCUGUGGUCCACCACUUUGACGAUGGAUAUGGUGGCGGAUUUUUCUGAACCAGUUCAGGCAGUGUCUUAUGCAUGGACACUCACAUACCAGAUUCUGGUGCAACAAGUCAUGCUGAACAUGCUGUAUUGCAUCGUCUUUGAUUCUUAUGCCUUUGUCAAAACGCGGGCUGGCUCGCCCUUGACGUUAUAUGCGCAAAUUCGAGAUGCUGCAGCAACAGCACGAGAGACCCGAACCUUCGUGAAUCUAUACACCUUGAUUGUCCAGCUGGAGGAUGAUGACUUUCCAGCUCAUCCCAAUGAGAUUGUGACAGCAAGAUCUUUGAAGCGAGCCUUUGAAGCGGAUGGAAUGACCCGAGCCAAUGCAGAAUACUUAUUGAUGAAAACCGCGGAUUUUGUCCAAGAAAAAUCUCAAGAGGUCGAACUGACCUUGUCAGAUGCCAUCCGGGUGACGGGGCACAUUCAGACGACCAUGCUCAAGUCCUUGGACUAUGCAGAGGGUUCAUUGAUGAUGAUUUCCACCGAAGCGCGGAACAAAGAGGCAGCAGAGCGACAACAAGAUCGAGCAGCUUUUGUGUCCAAUGCUUUGGAGAUGCCAAGCUUUGAGCAGAAACAGGGAGAUCAAGUGGUCCCAGUCUCGGAUGAUUGCUUGGAUAUUCUGGAAAGAUCGUUGGAUCGAGUUGCAGAAGUGCUUGCAACGUGCCGACAGGAACAGACCAAUGUGGCAGCAGACAUCCACCAGGAAUUGCAAGCAAUUUGGAAGCAGGAGGAUCAGCGAUAUCAGCGAGUAGAUGCACUGAUCCAUGAAAUGGAGCAGAAUUUGCAGGCGAUGGAGAGAAGUAUUGGAUCCAUGGGUGUGUCCUUCAGUGGAACCAACUUCCAGCAGCUAGCCUCGGUCCCCGAACGCUGUCAAACUUCGCAGCUGCUAGAAGCCUUAGACUCCCAGGCAGAGCAAGGUUGUGUGGGACGGUUGGAUACCAAGCUACAGGAGCUUCAGAAGAUGAUGCACCUGCUUGGUGAGAAAGCGCAAAAGACCUCGCAACUGCGGGAAAUCCUGUGGCGACUUGAACUGAAUCUCAGAGAACUCAAUGGAGGCAAGAGUGUCAUCCCAAUGAGCUGCUUCAUUCGUGAACAACGAGAAGUGCUCAGUAAAAUGAGUAAAGAGGAAAGAGAGCCAUCGAAAGACGAGGACUAAGGCAGCCGAAAAUUGAGCCCCAAAUGGCGGAGCUUCUCCAGAUAUUUCCAGAAUUAUUUCUCAUUCAAAACCGUUUCGAAUAUGGUUUCACCAAGCUGAUGAACGCGUCAGCGCACGCCAAGCCAAGAAUCCUUGGCAGAACAAAA